AAGAUCUUUUGACAAGUGAUAUUCUACCAUAUAUACAGCAAUUUGCUCAAGCAACAAUCAAAAAUCUUCAAGCACGUUUUCCUGAUUAUAAAACUACUAAUGCGUUUUAUAUUUUUGACCUGU